AUGCUGCUGCCACAGGGGCACGGGCUUCACCCUGGCAACGGCGUGCUACGAUUCUUCAAUCUCUCGACAGGGAUCUUCGUCCGCGCCCGGCUCCCGCUUCUCACGGAUCAUCACGUCCUCGACUCGCCCGAUGGAGUCCUCCUCCUGCAACACAAUCUCGACGACGACGCCCCAAUUCGCGUCCUCAAUCCUCUCACCGGCGACACCGCGGAGCUCCCCGCGCGCACGCCUUCCGUGGAAAUCUAUUUUGAUUCGCUCAUCAAUGAUCAAGAGCAUGCCGCCUCCUUGAGCGUCGGUGCAGACGGAGUCGCCAUGGUCGCCGUCGUACCAUUCAGUCUGUCGACUAUAAUACUUGCUACCACGAGAGAUCGGCGUUGGAGGGUCGCAACAUGGAACCCGCGAUAUAUGGGAGUGCCAUCAGUAUCAUUCCAAGGAAAGAUAUACGCCUUGCGAAGUUCCGCGGAGGUGGGUACAUAUAAGAGGACAGUGCAAAUUUUCCAGAUCGAGCCACAGCUGAUGCGGAUAGGUCCAUCCUACCCAAAGUUGAUUGCAUCAUGUACAAUUGGUGGAAUCGAUGACUCUUUUGAUCUGGUAGAAUGUGACUCGGAAAUCCUGUUGAUCCAUACAAAAUACAGUGCGACGUCUCCUGAAUUUCUAGUAUACAAAUUAGCCGACCUUAUUCUGGGUAAGCUUGUCCCGGUGACAAGCAUAGGGGGCAAUGUUCUCUUUGUUGAUGUCGCGAGGAGACAGAGUGUGAGUUCCCGAGCUAUGCUUGGCAAUGGCAUUACAGGUGACGCCGUUGUCUAUCUUGUGCCCUCGUAUGGCCGUCCUCAACAGUACCAGAUCGGUAGUGGUACAUGGUCGGAUGUAGCAGGGGAUGUCUCAGAUGGUGGGACUGUGUCGAGGACUUAUAGCCUCGUUGACCAUAUGUACAACUGUUGCGAUUGUGCCCGUUCAAGCAGAUGA